AUGGCCGUUAAGAAGAGUUUUAAAGAAGAGAAACCUGUCUUUUCAAAGGCAGUGUCCGUUACGCAGACAAAGCAGAAGAAGAAGCAAAACCAUGCUGCUAAGAAAGAAGUUGUUUUAAAGAAACCUACUAAGAGCUUGAAAGUUUCAUCAAAAAAUCUGAAUUACUCUAUUUGCAUACCUACUAGUAUAACAGACGAUUGUAAAAAUUUAGAACAAACAACAAAUGUCAUUUAUCAUAUUGCAAAGACAGCUACCAUUUUCAAUGUUGGUGAGGUGAUUAUUUUAGAUCUAGGUAAAGAGACACCAAUUGAAGUCACCGAAGAUAUUAAAGGUACCAAAGGUGAGACGAAGAAGAGACUGUCGAGACCGAUGUUAAUUGCUACGUUAUUACAAUACUUCGUUACACCUCCAUAUUUGGUCAACACCGUGUUCAAGAAGGAUUACCAUAAAUAUUUCAAGUAUGCAUGCAAAUUGCCAAGAUUAUCUGUUCUACCAUUCAUGAGAUACUAUGAAGAGGAUAAAGGCCGUUUCAGAGAGGGUCUUGCUGUCAGAAUGAGCAAACCAGAAGCUACCAAUAGUAACCAAAGUAACAGCAAAAAGGCUAAAGAGUUUAAACAGACGAAGUACAUAAACAUUGGGAAAUCCGAGUGCCUGGAACUAAAGAGUCAGUUAGUGCCGGUGAAUGUGCGUGUUACAGUAGACACCGUUGAGAAGAGAGUUGUCGCCCCACAAGAAGCAUACGGAGACUAUGUGGGAGCCCAAUCAUCGUUUGGGUACCAUGUCCGUGUGUGUAAGAAAUUCGGAUCUGUGUUUACAGAAAGCGCCUUCCCAGAGGGUUAUUCACAAGCAAUCUGGUGCAAUAGUGGUGAUUAUUACUACAACGAAAAGCUAAAGAAGAACGACAGUAUCGAGAAUGAGCUGCCUCGUAUACAGAGCAUAGUAAAAUCUGAAAAGAAGACGAGCGAGAACGGGGACGAGACCCCAGCUGCACAAAUGUCAAAUUUGUUAGUACUGUACGGGAAGUGGAAACACAUACUGGAAUCGUUUGAGGCCUCUAAGGAGAUGUUCGAAGGGUGUUCUGGCCCACACGAAUUCUUUGACGGCCAGCUAGAACUACCUGGGGCAGCCCCAAGAGGCAUGAUCCCAAUCAGCGACUGCUGCACAAUCUCGUUGACACUGCUGUCCACUAUGUAG